AUGAACGUGGGCGGCAACUACCGGUAUGCAACGGCCGGCGCGGACACUGAGAUGGCGUCGUGGGCGGCUUGGCAGCUGCUCGGAGACCGCCUCCGGCGCCAGUGCGGCUGCGGCAGCGCGUUUGGGGAUGACGAGGCAGCCGCCGCCGCUGCUGUGGAGUUUUCAGCGGCUCACUCGGGCGACGUGCCCGCCGGCGGCGGCGCCCGUGCGGCACAAUACAACCCGCUGCGGCGCGCGGCGCUGCGCCCGGGUGGGCCCCUGGCCCGGCGGUUCUUCGCGCGCCACCCCACUGUGCUGCAGGUGGGCAGCACGCUGUUUGUUCACGGCGGCGUCCUGCCACCCCACGUGGAGUAUGGGCUGGGCCGCAUUAACGACGAAACGCAGGCCUGGCUCAUGGGCGGCUCCCCGCACGCGCACAGCGGCGCUGGCAGCUCUGGGGCCACAGGCGCGGCGGCGGGCGGCGGCGCUGCGGAGGGCAAGCAGGGCGGCAGUGGUGGCGGCGCAGCAGCAGGAGCAGCAGGAGCAGGGACAGCGGGCAUUUGGUCUUGGUUUGGCAGCAAGUGGAGGGGCACCAGCAGCCAGCCUGUUGCCGCCGCGACGGCUACCAGCGCCGCGGCAGCCCUGCAACAGCAGCAGCAGCGUCAGCGGCCACACCCGCACACGCCGCCAGCAUUCUUGCGGGGCGCUCACGCAGUGGUCUGGGCGCGAGACUACUCUGCGCGGGACGAGGCUCGCUGCGACUGCGAGAUGCUGAGCUCUGUGCUUGAGGCGGUGCCGGGCGCCAAGCGCAUGGUGGUGGGCCACACCAUCCAGGAGGGCGGCAUAACCUCAGCCUGCGGCGGCCGCGUGUUCCGCGUCGACGUGGGAAUGUCCAAGGGCUGCGGCGACGGCGAGCCCGAGGUCCUGGAGAUCCUGUCAGAUCGCGUGGUGCGGCGGCUGACCGAGGACGGGGCGCCCGAGGUUAUGGGCGGCGCGCCGGCCCCGGCCGGCCAGCCGCAUCAGCCGCACCACCUGACCGGCCCCGCGGUGGACACGCCGGCUGGCGCGUGGGGCGAGGCGCUGCAGCGGCUGAGGGGGGCGUUUGGGGAGGGGCUGGGGCGGUGGCCCUGA